AUGUGCCAGAUCUUCAACUAUUCUGUAUGUGGACACAGAGAAAUCGACAAGACAGGCUGUAAUAAGCCUGGCCCCAAGUCCAAUUUCUGCAAUCCAACACUCUAUGCUCUAAAGGGCAAGUGUACCGAUUGUCGACAGGAAUACCUUGAACAAGUUGCGAGGAGACCAAGUGUUGAUUUCCACCGGGCAACUCGCAUAGCACGGGAACAAACAAUGAUUUCGCCAUCUCGCCUCGCGGCAUCUCCGAAUAUCAAGCAAAAGUUCACCAGAAAGUCACGUAGAAGGGUACUUCUGAACAAGCCACUCCCGCCGAUCCCAGAGAACUCGAGUCCAAUUGUGAGAGAGGAGAGAGGUUGGAAGGUCGGUGUGGGAAAGCCGCUUCCUAGUCAGCCGUACCCAAUAAAGGCAGUGAGAAUUCCCAACUGGGAGACUUCGAGUGAACCUGUAAUGUCAACAUCCAGCGUGCACGGUAGUCUCGCAGUCGCUACCACUGCGUACGUGACGAGAUACGCUCCUCCUCAUAAAAUAGUGUCGAUACCGCAGCCGAAGGUGAGUGCUCCUUCUGCCCUGAAGACCAGCAUGCCACAGAACACUGUAAGAAAUCCCCUCCAGUUGAGCGAAGAAUCCAGACACCCACUCAGACCUCACCCUGUGCCUCCUGUCACCUCUGUAUCGCAAGAUACGGCGAUAGACGCACCAGAGAUCGAGCUCACGAUUCAUCGACUACAGUCCUGGGAGACUUUGAAUAUAAUGAGAGCAGCCUUCGAUGGUACCAAGGUAUUUCACAUCCCAGCUGUGUCGCCGCCAAACUUUGGGCGAAAGGUUCUGCCAAAUUAUGUAGUCCCCGCCUAUAUGACACUCCCCUCGCAGGUGGCGGAGCCGAGAAGGGAAGUGGACGAGGCGUGGCAGCGACUACAGGCUGAGUGGAGCCCGAGAUCACCAACAACACAAGAGGAGCUCUUCCUGGAGGUAUCAAUAGGGGCAUCAAUGAAGGAAGGCACACUGAGCCAAGGUGGGCUGCCCUCCUCUCUGACGCCUCCAGCACCACAGGGGAAGAAAAGUCUCACCCGAAUCUCAACAACGUUCAACCGUUUCAGCGUGACAGGCGACGAGCUGUCGCACCGUGGUGAUAGCCCUGCGAACAAAACCUACACCGCAUACCUUGGCGCAGCUCCAAAAACAAAAAGCACUCCAGAAAACCCGCUGAUGUCCUAUGCUGCCCACCAGGCUCGUCGCACAAUGACCGUGGGGCUCGACAGUCGCAACCAACCCGCUGCUCCCAACUACAGAGAUAUCGCGACUUUGAAUACCGUACUCAAGUCCAAAUACACCUCGCGAGUCCAACCACACUAUGUGCCAGAUGAGUGCAUGCCUUCCACACCAAGAAGAAGUAGAUUCUUCACAACUGAGGACAGCCAGUCAAAACUUCUGACAACGUACAAAAUGACUCCUACAGCAAGUCGCCAAGCAUCGAGUGGCUUCGUCAGUGCUAACUCAAACAGAAACACGUCCACCACAAUCAGCCAGGGAAACGGAAAGGGAAGGAGCAUCUCAGAGCUCUCAGAAAAUCUUAAAUUGGCCGUAGCGCCAUAUGACGGAACACUGAUCGAGCUUGAGGCGCAGGUGCCCAUGACAAUUCUGACACAGGAAUGUAAGAUGUCUGCGCGGUUGACCACAGUCGGUAUUUACGACCGCUGGGAUCUAGUAGAACCUGCGCCAUGCGUAGUCGCUUAA